CUCUCUCUCUCUAAGCUCUGUGGGUCCCAUCUUCAUUCUCUCGAACAUCCUCCCUUCUUCAUCCUCGCUCAACGCUCUCUCUCUCUCUCUCUAAAAUUUUCAAUGUCUGCUCUUCAAAUCUCUCGACUCCCGAUCCAAAUCCAAUAUCGUUCUCUUCCAUUUCCUUCAGCGCCCUCUCGCUUCAAGAAACCCUACUCUCGUCCACGCUUCAAAACCCUAGCCUCGAAAUCUAGGGUUUCUAUUUCGAGAAGCGGCAGCCUAAUCGUUCCUCGGUCGAGCUCUGAAGAUGCGAGCAGUUCGGUGGUGGAGAGCGAUCGACCUCCUUUCGAUCUCAACCUCGCCGUUGUUCUCGCUGGUUUCGCCUUCGAGGCCUACUCUAGCCCUCCGGAAGACAUAGGGUGGUCUGAAAUGGAUGGAGCGGAGUGUCGGACAGUAUUUCUUUCUGAGCUAUUUCUGCGAGAGGUGUAUGAUGGCCAGAUUUUUAUAAAGUUAAAGAAAGGUGUGAAUUUUCCUGCAUUGGACCCAUGGGGGACAAGUGAUCCAUAUGUUAUCCUGCAAUUGGAUGGCCAGGUUGUGAAAAGCAAGGUCAAGUGGGCGACGAAGGACCCAGUAUGGAAUGAAGAUUUUACUUUAAAUAUCAAGAUUUCUAGAACAAAUAUUUUACAGGUUGCUGCUUGGGAUGCAAACCUUGUGACUCCACACAAGCGAAUGGGAAAUGCAGGGCUCAACCUGGAAUCACUUUGCGAUGGAAACAUACACGAGAUUAUGUUGGAACUAGAAGGCAUUGGAGGUGGUGGAAAGAUAUAUUUAGAGGUCAAAUACAAGAGUUAUGAUGAAAUCAAUAGAGAGAAGAACUGGUGGACUAUUCCUUUUGUUUCUGACAUUUUAAUGAAAAGCAGUUUGGGUUCUGCCUUGAAACUGGUUCUUGGAUCCGAGAGUGUUAACGUUAGCGACUUUGUACAAUCUGCAUUUGGCCAGUUAAAACCAUUCUACAGUUAUCUGCAAACACUUCCUGCUUCAGACAGUGAUGAAGAGUAUCGAACAGGCUCUGACAAAUCUUUGAAAACUGAUAUAAAUCCGGAGACACUUCUUCAAGAAGAUAGAAGUUCACAGAGGUCUGUAGAUAACCCAGGCCUUGAGCUACAGGAUAGCUUAUCUGUUAUUCGGCAUGAUGCUCUUGAGGGAAAUCCUUCUCUACUGAACAAACAAAGUAAUGAACCCAUGCCAUCGGAUGCGUAUUUCUGGAAAACUUUCGCUGACAGUAUUAACCAAUCUGUACUUAAGAAACUUGGAGUUUCUCUUCCCGAAAUUAAAUUGUGGGAGGGAUUUGACUCAUUAAAUAAAAUGAGCACGCAAUCUCAAAAGAUCGCUGAAGAAGAGUAUAUUCAAUCUGGGCUUGCAACUCCGAUGGCUAACCAAGAAACAAAUGAUGAAGAGGCUGCAAGUAACUUGGGCUCCUUAAAUGCAGCUUUGUCCUCAAUUAUGGAUCUUAGGAAAAUAUCCUGGGAUGUGCUAAAUCAGACAGAGGCGGUUUUAGGGGCAUUGAUGGUCUUAACUCCAAACGUUUCUCAACUGAAAAAAGAUUCAAAUUUAGUGGUAGAAAAUGAUAAUGGAAAUGAUGCUACAUUGGCAAAAGAGGAGGAUGUUACAGGUCAGCCCUCAGAUAUCUCUGGAAAAAUAACAGUGGGAGUUUUAUCAUCCGAUGUGAGUAAAGAAGAAGAGAUGAAGAAAAUAUUCUCAAGUGCUGAAAGUGCUAUGGAGGCUUGGGCUAUGCUUGCAACUUCAUUGGGCCGGAACAGCUUUAUAAAAUCAGAAUUUGAGAAGAUUUGUUUUCUUGACAAUGUUUCUACUGACACACAGGUAGCCAUUUGGCGGGACACCAAAAGGAGAAGACUCAUUGUAGCUUUCAGAGGCACUGAACAGGUUAAAUGGAAGGAUUUGCGCACUGAUCUUAUGCUUCUUCCUGCUGGACUAAACCCUGAGAGGUUGGGGAGUGACUUCAAGGAAGAAGUCCAGGUUCAUAGUGGAUUUCUAAAUGCAUAUGAUUCUGUCAGGAACAGGAUUAUGGCCCUUAUUAAACUCUCGAUAGGCUACUCAGAAGAUAAUUUGGGAAGCAUACUCAAAUGGCAUGUGUAUAUCACAGGACAUAGUCUAGGUGGUGCCCUUGCUACCCUCCUUGCUUUGGAGCUUUCAUCAACUCGUAUGGCCAAGCGCGAUGCAAUUUCUCUAACUAUGUACAACUUUGGCUCUCCUAGAGUUGGGAAUAAAAGAUUUGCUGAAGUAUAUAAUGAGAAAGUCAAAGAUAGCUGGAGAGUUGUGAAUCACAGAGAUAUUAUUCCAACUGUUCCCCGCUUGAUGGGUUAUUGCCACGUGGCCCAGCCUGUCUAUCUUGUAGCUGGAGAUCUGAAGGAGGCUUUGGUUAAAGGUGAGCUUCUUGAAAAUGAAUAUCAAGGCGAUGUUAUUGGAGAGUCCACACCUGAUGUUCUUGUUAGUGAGUUUAUGAAAGGUGAGAGGCAGCUUGUUGAAAAAAUACUGCAGACUGAAAUAAGUCUACUCCGUUCAAUCAGAGAUGGCACUGCGCUGAUGCAGCACAUGGAAGACUUCUACUACAUCAUGUUGUUAGAGAGUGUAAGAUCGAACUACAAAAGGGACGACAACACCGCAUCAGCUGUGUGAUCUGGCUGAUAGCGUCGCGUGUCUUUGAAUCUCCUGGCUGCGAAUGAGUAGAUUAUUAAAUGUGAGAUCUCCACCUAAGUCGUCGUCUUUCUUAUACAUCCUGGAUGCUGCAUGUCCUCAAGGUGUCAGCUCCUGGUAUCCCUGGCAUAUAGGCACAGUGUGCAUAGCAUUGUGGCCAUGGAUGUAAACGUUUACAUCAAUCCAGAAACCCAAUAUACUACACAGAAAUUAUGCUUCACAGGUGUCGGACCAUUGCAUAUUGAACUUUUGGUACGAUUAGGAGAUUUAUGUUGAGCAUAGCAAUAUGUGCAGAGGCAUGCCUGAAUGUUUUUUUUUUUCAUUUUUUAUUUUUUAUUUUUAUAACAAAGUCUGUUGUUGGUGCAUGUUUUAUAUGUAAAUUUUCUUCCAAGUUUGUUAUAUAUGAAAGACUUAUAUUAUUUCCAGCUGUAAAAAACAAUUGAUAUUCUGACAAUACCUUUAGUUAAAAGGUUGUAGGUUAAAUGUC